AUGGAGAGCCACGUCAACGAUGUGGACUGGGAUCGCGAGAGCGAGCACGUCGACGAGGGCUCCUUGGAAUGGAGACGGGUCGCUUGUCAUCCCUGUGAGGUUCUCGAUGUCGAGGUGGACAACGAGAUCGACGUGAGGAGUGAGCUGUCGUUGGAUGUUGGAUGGAUGGUGGAGUUGGUGAUGGAGUUGGCGGGUGGUUUGGAGGUACCACAAUGGACGUUGGUGGUUCGGGUUGAACCAGUGGUUGUGGUGGAAGUGAAGGUGAUGUUGAAGGAGCUUGUUGUGGCAUCGAUUGUUGAUGCGGAAUCAACUGUUGGAGAUGUUGAAUAUGGGUAA